AUGGCUAGCGAUCCAACCAGUGUUACGAGCCAAGGGAAUUGCCGAUGCUGGAAAAUUUUCAUUCUCAAUUCUCCGACCACCUCCAUUAUGUCGGCAGAGCCUGAUAUCGAUGGAUUUGUGGCCAUUAUGGAUGAGAUGAAAGCUAGUUUCACUUCAGUUAGGGAGCUUCUUCGACCAACUCUUCUAAAGGCACAAUCAACGGCCGAUCUUGAUGUGAAGGACGGAAUCUCUUUACUCUCACUACGGAACGAAACCCUCCUCUCCUACCUCCAGUCCCUAGUCCUUAUUUCAGCUCACCGGGUUCUGGGCCACUCACUCCUUUCGCGCGAUCCACCACCGACCAGCUUUGAUGAUCCAGAACGUCGUGCUCGUGGGUCAGGUGCAGGUGACUUGGUGGAUUCUGCGGUUGAGGCACGCGCUGUUCUCGAGAAGUCCAAAGUGUUGGAAUUCCGCCUUAAGUAUCAAAUUCAGAAGUUGGUGCGCCUUGCGCAAGAUGCAACAGCAACAACCAAUGAUAUCACGCAGGGUAAAACCCCGGGCUCAAUUUGUGUUGAUCGAACGUUGACCUUUGUCUCAGACCCUCUUGCCUUCCGUCCAAACAUUCACAACUUGAUGGUGGGUGAUGGGCCCGCUGACGAUGCGAGUGACAUGGAUAAGGAUCAAACCCAAGACAAGAUCUAUCGCCCACCGAAGCUCGCUCCGACACCUUACAUGGAGACUUUUGGCAAGGAGAAAUCAAGGCAGAAAGUGCUAGUGCCAACCACUUUGGAGGAUAUUUCCCGUUUGGACCCUUCUGCGCCGUACGUAGAAUCGACCUCUGGUUUGGGUGAUCAGCCCGUGUCUGCCAAAGCUGCCACAAAGCUAGAUAAAAUGGCAGAGUUUGAAGAGGAUCACAUGGUGCGGUUCACAUUGAGCAAGAAGGAAGCAAAGAAGAGGGGUCGGGACGAGAUGAAUGCUGCGUUGGGUGGGACGGGCGCGGCUACUAGACGUGGUGCAGAGUUGGAGGGCGAGUUUACUGAUAUCUUUAGAUCGGUCAACAGGAAACCCAAAGAACAGAUCGGUGAUGGGUACGAAGAAUUACGCCAACGAGGAAAGAGAGCAGGCGCGUUUGCCCGCAGUAAAAUGCGCAUGGGGGAAGAGCCCAUGGAUGGAGAUAAUAGGCCUCAGAAGCGCAACCGAUUUCAUGAGUAAACGCACAGUCGAUCGGAACGGGCGGCAGCACAGGCUUUGAGUCAUGCAUCAUUUGCACCAGUGUCUAUGGUCCGUUUUUUAGUGGUAGAAUCUUCAGCAGAACCAUGAUGCUCUUUGUCCUCCGAAUCCCCGCGUUUGCGUUUUGGAACUCGAGACGCGUCGUGCUUUUCUUUUUCCCAUUCCUUCUUAAGUGAAGCCUUCAGGAGAGGAAUGGUUUGGAAGGUCACACCGGUACGCCAUGACCGCAAAUCCCCCCUGAGGAGGGUUUCGAAUCUGUUUGGCUCGAGCGAAGCCCGCUUGGAUUUCGUGAGGCGAUUUGGAAAUCGCGUGGAUUGUGAAACUCACUUUCCUGAAUUCAGCCUCCGUCAAAUCAAACCACGACAAGACAUCAUCCAAAUGGAGGAAGAAUCCGAGGGAUGGAUGGAAAGAGU